GAAGCCGAAAAUGGCCGCGCUCCGAAACGCAACUCGGAGUUGCGAGGGCGGGCCUAUCGUGCGUCUGUGUAUAUCGCCUCUCCGCCGUCGUGUCGGCCAUCUGCCGAUGUUGUUCCAGCAGGGGCUGCCCGAGCCACGUCAUAUUUGUGUGCGAGUCGCUGCCGUAGUCUUGGGUUAUCGUGGUCGCCCCCGGAGCAGUCAGCGGCGCGUCCAGUUCAUCACCUCGUGCCGGUCCAUCUUCUUGAUCUGGCGAUUAUCGACUGCUGUGCCUUUCAUAUCUCGCAGUGUGUGACGUGACGACGACGCUGGACCGUGAGAAGACCAAAGACCGGCCCCCGCGAUGAAUAUUUUUCGACUGCUCGGCGACCUGUCGCAUCUUCUCGCGAUCAUCGUCCUUUUGCUGAAAAUAUGGAAGACGAGGAGUUGCGCCGGUAUUUCCGGCAAGUCCCAGAUCCUCUUCGCCAUCGUCUACCUGACGCGCUACUUGGACUUGGUGACGACUUACGUUUCAGCCUACAACACAGUCAUGAAGAUCGUCUUCAUCGCGGCUUCCGUAGCUACGUUGUUCUUGAUGUACAUGAAAUUCAAGGCUACAUACGAUCACAACCAUGAUACGUUCAGAAUUGAGUUCCUCAUACUGCCUGCUGUAGUCUUAGCUUUAUUGAUCAAUCAUGAUUUCACAUUCUUGGAGAUUUUGUGGACAUUCAGUAUCUACUUGGAAUCAGUGGCAAUUCUACCUCAGCUGUUCCUGGUGUCAAAAACAGGUGAAGCAGAAAGCAUCACCAGUCACUACCUGUUUGCUUUGGGAUCGUACAGAGGCCUCUACUUGUUGAACUGGGUGUACCGUUAUUACUCAGAGGGACAUUACGAUCUCAUUGCUAUCGUGGCUGGUCUUGUGCAGACAGUUUUAUACUGUGAUUUCUUCUACUUGUACAUCACCAAAGUACUGAAGGGCAAGAAGCUGUCGUUACCAGCCUAAGCUCUUGCGAGUAUUACAGGGAAUAACAUCUACAAGCUUUGUGUCGUCAGAUGAAAGCCGCUGCAGUCUUUUAUACGAUUGUCACAUGAAACGUGUCAAAAGUUAUGAGCGAGUUUGAGAAAUGCGCACAUAAAAUAUAACUUUGCCAAGUCAAAAGCGCUUUAAAUCUCUGCUCUUUAGAAUCUUCUCGAUAUUCCUACUUUCUUAAGUGGAUGUUGGUGAUCUUUAUACUAGCACUUUAAUUUUAAAGAACUAUUUAGAAAUUCGUUAAGAACAUUUGAGUAAGACUUAACAUCUUCUAUGAAGAAAAUCAGUUUUGUUUUUUUUUCAUUUGUAAUGGCAUGUGAUUUAUUGUCAUUUGAUUUAAAAUUAAAAAAUUUAUAUGUAAUAAAAUGUUAUGCUUCUCAGUGUGUUUUAAUUUCAUUUGAAAUGAAUCAUGCAUCAACUUAAGAAUUACUAUUCGUUAUGUUUAGUAGAUUAUAGUUAGUUAUUAAAAUUGAAGUGCUGGUAAUGAGAAUGCUAGAUACAACUUUUGGAGUCUCUUAAUGUUUUAUAACCCGUUCCAUGUAUGAUUCCCUUUUUUUUUAUAAAUAAGCACAUAUACAUGAAACGCGUUUUGUAAUGAACAUGAAAAGUGUUAUAUUUAUGAUAAUGUAAUGCUCCAGUGUCUUAAAGUAAACAAGUGUAUGUUAAAAACAAAGAACAUUGGGGUUUCUUUGUAGAAACUUUCACAAUAAACAAAAAGAAAUUAGGGAUUGAGUUAAAUAAAAUAUUGUCUACCUAUUUUAAUAAUAAGUUGUUACUUUUAUGAUUUUUAUUAUUUAAAACAUAACUAUAAUAAUAAAAUAAAACAGUGAUUGAUAAGCAAUGUGUUAUUUUGACUAGUGUAGGUUUUGAAUGCAGAAUUAUAAAAAUUAGAAGUCAUUUUAAAUUUUAGGUAUUUACAAAUUUAUAUUUAUUAAAUUUUUCUUCAGAACUUUUUAUAAAUCUGCUUAUAAAUAAGCAUUUCAAAUUUCACAUAGGGAUUGUAGUUAGAUCAUAAACAUGUUGAGCUAAUUUUGUAAUGUGAACUAUUUCACCACAUAAAGUUCUUUGAGAUACAACUCUAAUAAAACCAUUUUUUAAACUUUCACUAUCUACAGUUAAAAUAUAUGGCACUUGAAAAACUUCUGGUUGUUUUGCAAGGUUCAUUAAGACUGUUUCAAUGCCUUGUUCACGGAGCAAUUGUAUAAGGUGUAUUGAUAGAUUAUUUAAAGCAAUACGUGUUUGUUCAUUAUCUUCAGGUUUUAUAUUUGCUUUGCUGUAAGCUUUGUAUGGUGCAAGAUUUGGAUGAACUUGCAUCUCUUUACAGUCAUCUAUUUCCACAUAUCCAUCACAUAUUAGUGCUAAACAUCCCCAAUCUAAAGAUGUUAUGUUCUCAACAAUUUUAAGAUUAUUACUGAAUUCACCCUGAAACAUACAGUUAUCAAUUUUCAUUACAUUUAUAUUAAUUUGACAUGCUCUAUUUUAUUUUUUUUUCAAUUUUGAAGUAAUAAAUUUGAGAUAGCCAGAGACAAGGUAAUCGAUAAUUAAACUUAUAUAAAUCAAAAGAGUAACAACAUAAGGACGUAGUCUAAACUAAGUAUGUACAAGAAAUCAUUUGUUAUAUAAACCCAACUAUAAAACUUAUACUAAAACUGUUAAGUUAUAGAAAAACAAAUAAAAAAACUUCAAUAAA